GUUCCUGUCACCUUUCAUCCCUUGCUGCUCCAGACAGACGGCAAGCUUGCAGAACGAUUGUGCAGAGGUAAUAAUCAACACUGGAAGCGGGUAUGCCAUGGCAGAGGCAGGCAAAAGGUCGCCUACUGCUGUUCCCCAGAACAUCUGUGAUGGGUCUCCUACUUGCGUUUUGUGUGGCAGGGAGGCAAACAUAACCAAAGACGAAACCGCGGCGAACAACACCAGUUUGGUCAGUCAACCGGAAGCAAAUAGUGAUGAGAAACCCUACAUGUGUGGGGAGUGUGGGUACAGGACAGCCAGAGAGUCUCAGUUAUCCCGACACAUGAAGACACACACAGGGGGAAAACCACUCAAGUGUGACCAGUGUGACUAUUCUGCUGCACAAAAAUGCACUUUGGACCGGCAUCUAGCCAAUCACACGGGUGAUAAGCCCUACAUGUGUGGGGAGUGUGGGUACAGGACAACACAGAAGUCCGAUUUAUCCACACAUAUGAGGACUCACACUGGUGAAAGACCAUACAAGUGUGACAAGUGUGAUUAUUCUGCUGCAGUGAAAUCCACUUUGGACAGGCAUCUGGCCAAGCAUACUGGUGACAAACCCUACAUGUGUGGGGAGUGUGGGUACAGGGCAACUCAGAAGUCUCAUUUAUCUGUACAUAUGAGAACUCAUACCGGUAGAAAACCCUACAAGUGUGACCAGUGUGACUAUUCUGCUGCACACAAAUUGAGUUUAGAUCAACAUCUAGCCAGACACACUGGUGAUAAGCCCUUCAUGUGUGGUGAGUGUGGAUACCGGGCAGCUCAGAAAUCUGAUUUAUCGAGACAUAUGAGAACUCACACGGGUGACAAACCCUACAAGUGUGAUCAGUGUGAUUAUUCCACUGCAAGAAAAUCCUCAUUGGACAGACAUCUAGCAAAACACACUGGUGAUAAGCCCUACAUAUGUGGGGAGUGUGGGUAUAGGACAACUAAAAAAUCUGCAUUAUCCCUACACAUGAUUAGAACCCACACAGGAGAAAAACCGUAAAAGUUUGACAAGUGUGACUUUCUGCUUCACAAAAAUCAACCUUGUAGCAACAUCUAGCCAUGCGUACCGAUGGGAAACCCUACUAGAGAGGUGGGUACAGGACGACUCGGAAGUCUGACUUGCCGAACAUUCAGAGAAUUCAUAGAGGAGAGAAAAAAAACUUUAAAUGUGACCAGUGCAACUAUCCUACAGCACAUGAAAAAUCUUCUUUGGACAAGCAUUGUAAAGCACGCCUAAGAGAAACACAACAUUUUUUCGUCAUGUGAUGUCAUAACAUCUAAAAAAAAUCUUUUAUCCGACCAGACAUUGUACCAAUGUUGUAUGUCAUCUAGCUGUAUUAACACUCAAGGUAAAAUCUGUAUGUGUAGUCUGUGGAAGAAUAACUUUACAACGAAAUCCUUAUACUAAAUACUAGUAGAAAUAUACCGUAUGUUUUUGCAACAUGCAUGCAUAAGAAGACAAUACCAUGCUGCUUGACUAAGUUGGGGCAUUGACCUUGUUUUGUGAAGUGAGAUUCUGUGACAUAAAAUGAUGUUUCAGUUACUCAUGGCUGAUAUGUAAGAUCAUAUUAACUAAUUAGUGAAUAUAAAGAAACUUUGAUAAAAGUACACAUUCAUGCGACGUGUGCAUCUGUGACAUAGAAUGUAGUUUUAGUGACUGUCAUGUCUGAUAUGUACAUAAUUGAUUCAAUUCUAAUUCCAUUUCAUUGUCUCUUGUGUAGUAGAUGCACAGUAUUGUGCUGGCCGUACAAUUCCACAGGUCAAUUUUAUGUUCAUAAUAGGUCACAUUAAUGUUGUUGGUAAUAAGGGCCACAGGACAUAUCUUUACUGCCUGACUAGGUUCCAAAUAAUAAUGCAACAUGAAAUAAGAGACUAUGAUUAUUAUUUAAACACUAUAUAACGAACUUACACUAUAUGUUAGUAUCACCGGUAUUGAAUAUAUAAUAGUAAAUUGACGCUUAUCCUGAAUCUGUGUUCAACAUUGUGAAAAAAAUACAAUGAUGCUUGUGUAACAUGAAACGUGUUCUCUUUGAGUGAAAGAUGAUCAGGCGAAAUACCAUCUGCAUUUGCAGGUAAGUGCAGGUAAAAUUGGACCUGUGCUGGUAUUUCUGGUGUCUACCUGCACAAUCCCGCACUGGUCCAUGUACUGGGAUUUCUACAACAGUCAUAAAUGUCCUGUGAUGUAAGUGCAUGUGGAUAAGCUGCAUAGACUUUUACU